GUCGCUUUGCGCAAGUGCCGGAAGCGGAAGUUGUUAAGACGUGGGGGAGUUCUUGGGAGAGGGUCGGGUUAUCCUAGCGUUCGGUGUGUUCGCUCUGCGGCAGCCUGAGCAUCAGGUAAAGCGCAUUUGUGAGACUUAGGCAGCCCUGCUACCCGGCUGAAGCCGGAUCCCGAGCCCUAGCCUGAGGGGUGUGGUACCCGGUGCUCCGACUCUUUCCUAGGGUCCUGGUGGAGGUACCGGGAGUCACUUGUCCCUCCCUUGGAGUGAGGCCCCCCCGUCCGGCUUCCCGGUGUCCCCGUAGACCUCCGCCAUGGGCAACACGAGCAGCGAGCGCGCUGCGCUGGACCGGCAGGGCGGCCACAAGACGCCCCGAGGGGACAGCUCGGGGGGCUCCAAGGAUGGGGACAGGCCCAAGAUCCUGAUGGACAGCCCCGAGGACGCUGACCUCUUCCACUCCGAGGAAAUCAAGGCUCCGGAGAAGGAGGAGUUCCUGGCCUGGCAGCACGAUGUGGAAGUGAAUGACAAAGCUACUGCCCAGGCUCAGCCAACCGUGUUUCGAUGGACCGGGGGCGGAAAGGAAGUUUACUUAUCUGGGUCCUUCAACAAUUGGAGUAAACUUCCCCUCACAAGAAGCCACAAUAACUUCGUAGCCAUCCUGGACCUGCCCGAAGGAGAGCAUCAGUACAAGUUCUUCGUGGAUGGUCAGUGGACACACGACCCUUCUGAGCCGAUAGUGACCAGCCAGCUUGGCACAGUAAACAACAUCAUUCAAGUGAAGAAAACUGACUUUGAAGUAUUUGAUGCUUUGAUGGUGGAUUCCCAAAAGUGCUCCGAUGUGUCUGAGCUGUCCAGUUCCCCCCCAGGACCCUACCACCAGGAGCCCUACGUCUGGAAGCCAGAGGAGCGGUUUAAAGCACCACCCAUCCUCCCGCCGCAUCUUCUCCAGGUCAUCCUGAACAAGGACACGGGGAUUUCCUGCGAUCCAGCUUUGCUCCCUGAGCCCAACCACGUCAUGCUGAACCACCUCUAUGCACUUUCCAUCAAGGACGGAGUGAUGGUGCUCAGCGCGACCCACCGGUACAAGAAAAAAUACGUCACCACCUUGUUAUACAAGCCCAUAUGAAGAGCUGGGAGCCGGCCAUGGGCCCCGGGAGCAGCGUGCACCGCCGGGCUCCACGCGUGCAUGCUUCUCGCUAGACAGGAUGGACUGUAAAUUUCCCAUUUCACGCUCUUCAGAAGACAUUUCAUAGCCGCCCUACUCCUACUUGAAGCAACACAAAAGGAAGUCCCCCGUGGUCCAGAAGACUGCUAACAGACCCAGGUGAAAGUCUUUAUACCCAAGAAGCUAAAAGUAAUGGAGAUUAUUUCAUGGAUAUGGAACAGGAGACCCUGUUUGGUCCAAAUCACAGGAGCAAAGCCACACUGAGGUGUCCUAUGACCCAGUGCUACAGACUGCAGCUUGUGGCCGGUGAGUUGGCAAGUCCCAGAGGGUCUUGGUUCGGCGGGAGCUAUGGGAUGGAACUAGUGCAUCGGCAGAGCAACCCAAGGGGGCGGCCAGGUCGGGGGGCAGCGCAUGCAGUGAACCGCCGUGCAGAACUCCUGGGGCUCUCUUCCCACCCCGGGGAGCCGGGGAGAGUGCGCCAUCACGACAGGAGAUCAAGAUGAGGAGUUGGGUUUUCUGGCUGAGAUUUAUACUGAAGACUGGUCCCAGACCUAGGAGCAGGAGGAGGAGGGCAGAGGUCAGAAAUCGCUGUGCUCACUUUGCAAACAGGAAGCCCAGACUGGGGUGUGCAGGAGCACGUGGCCUCUCCUUCCUGCGCUGAGCCGAGCGCGACCGGCACAGCUACCCCUCCGAGCUCGCAAAACUCACCACAGAGUCCCCAACACUACUCCCGCAGACUCCGAAGUACGGUAGUGCCGCCCCUUCCCUACAACAGUGGCCCCUCGGGGAUGAGGAGGGCGCCUCACUCACCUUGUUGACCUGGGACAGCGGGGUCCUCACGGCUCCCACGGGCAGCCGGCCCCUGCUGCCGUCCUCAAACAGCCUCCCGGGGGAGCGCUCCCUGCGCGUGCUGAGCAUCCGGCCGGGGGACUUCUCCCGCUCCAGGGGGCGGCCCGGAGACUUGUCCCUGCGCAGCUCGGUCCGCCCCUCGCGGUAGCGGUGCGGCGUGCCGGGCUCUCGCGGGUGGCUGGGGCCUUCGGGAGGCGCCGGGCUGGAGGCCACGCGCUUGGUGAUGUGCUCGUUGUACGUCGGCGGGCCUCGCUUGUUGGGGCUGCGGCAACGGGAGAGGAAGGUGGGGAGCUGAGCCGUCACAACCCAACGGGGCAGCUUCCUCCUCCUCUGAGCCACCCGUGCCCCCGUCUCACCACGCGUUAUUGGAAAAAGACCCCACCGGGAAUUCUUCGAGCUGCUUAUCUCGACAGUGAGGCCAGGGAAAGAAGGCAGAGGUACCUUAACUCAUCAGAUCACCCUAACAGCAGCUCUGCAAGCUAGGAACAGCUGUGACCCUCAUCGCACAGACAAGAAGCUGGAGACACAGAGAGGCUGCGAUUCCAGUGCAGCCCUGGAUAUGUCAGAUGAAGAUCUCACCAGACACGGCCCUAACCACCUCUCUGAAGAAGCAAGAUCGAGAAACACAGACAGACAGGACUGACACACAGCCUUCGGCAUCAGUUCCCUCCCACCCCUGAUGAGCAGCCAAGCUCAAAAUGUGGAAAUUCCAACAACCCACGCUCAGAAAGCCAGAACUUUCUUGUGUGUGCAGCAGUAAAAUUUGAGAUAAAACUUGAUUUCAAGAGGUCGAAAUCUGAGCUAUCUUCAUCUCUUGUCAUGUGGCUUUGUGAUACAGAAGACAAAAAAAGAAAUUUCAAGUAAGAGAGUAUCAUGUUAAGCCGAUUUGUAAUGGAAGAGAAAUUAUAAAGCGUGUCAGGGGCCCAUCGUAAAGCAAGCUCACUGCCCAGAGGAAGAAAAGUGACUCAAGGAAGGCCAUUCAAGAAGUCAGCUUAGGUUGACGGGAUAAAGGAAAACUCUCGUCAUUCUGCGCGGAGCGGGCCAUUUUCCAUCUCCAAAUCCCUUAAUGACCAGUGCUCUACCACAUCAAUUUUAUGUUUGUUUCUUGCAAAGAGUUACAUUUCCUGCUCUGCUAAACAAACAGACCGGGGCAGUGCAGCCUUCAGUGAAUCACAUUCUCCCAAGCUGGCCUUCUACAUUCUGGACCUGCCCAAAGCAGACAGCAACAAAAAGUUGAGGUUUUAUAAGCCAAGAGACAACUAAAGGAAACUGCUGGUUUUCCAGACAUGCCUGGCAGCAGCAGGAAAACAACAGCAUUAUUUCUGCCCCUUGUUCACAGGAACUAGAACCAUUUUCCACGACAGAAUAAGUUAACUCCUUACAGAGACACCAUAUCAUCUCAAAAGGAAGGUGCCUGGCCAUCUAACUAGUGAGGCAGUGGAGAAAAAAAAAAAAAUCUAAUUACAGUACUUGGGUUGGUUCUUGGAAACUAAAUAAAAUCUAGACAUUGUCAGGAGAGGACUACAGCCCUUUGAGCAGUCGCUCCUGAGGCAGGAUCAAGCCAAAAAGAGUGAGAAGCAGCUGGUUAUUCAGCACUUCUGGUUUUCCAGCAAGUUCCUGGGACUAAAAUCACACUGCUCAAACAUUUCUGACCAACACUUACAUUUCAACAAAAGAAACAGACACUAUUCGUUAGGACAUAGUCUCAGAACAUUAAAUUGACGACUCUCUUUUCUAAGAUCUAAGCAGCAUUUCAUAACAUUAGAGGUGGUUCCUCCACCAAACUGAGUCCCUUGAGAAUAAAAACCAUCUUGUCUUCAGCUGUGUAGCCCCAGACAUUGUGUCUGGCACAUGGUAGGGGGUCCACAUAACUCUUUAUAGGGUAGACAUGUGGGGUUUGUAGACCAGUCCACAAAAUUAAAACCCUAGGUCAAUUAAAUAUUCCCCUGGGGUAAAUAAGCUUAUCUCCUUUGUGGACCAGGAUCUUAAAAUUACACAUCUCAGACCUACACAUCGAACUGAAUCUGGCUCCAAGCCCUGGGUGUCAAGACAAAGCCAGUCCCACUUCCACACACUGCUGGUGGGAUAACUAAAGGGUACAGCCUCUAGGGAGGAAAACUCACCAACAUCUAUCAAAAUUACCAACGCCCAUCAAUUCCUUUUCUAGGAAUUCAUCCUCCAGAUAGAUUCAUAAGCAUGCAAAAUGAAUGUACAAAUUCAUUUACUACAGCAACAGACUGGAAACAACCCAAACAGCCACUGAUAAAGGCGCAGUUAAAUAAGGUAUAGUCAUGUGAACGAAUGCUAUGCAGGUGUAAAAAAAAAAAAAAAAAACCAGAAGAAAUACUUCGGAUACUGACGUGGAGCAAUCUCUAAGACACAGAAGAGUGUGCACAGCAUGCUAUCGCCUGUAUUAGAAGAAGGGGAAGAGCACUUCCAGAAUGGCAGAGUAAGGACUUCCCGAAAACCUGUUUCUCCAUAGAAACAAGAACACUGGCAAAAUUGUCAAAAUCAACUUUUUGGAACUCUGGAAAUUAACCAAAGUCUUGCAACAAUUCAAAGAGUGUUUAUGAAAGAAAAUGUGCAAUAUUCACCACCCCUGUCUCCCCAGAUCUGCAGUAGUUUUGAAACCAACAGCCUUGUAACCAGCUGUGAAAAGCAGCACCCUGGUAACCCCUGGAGGGAGUACAUUAGGACUGGAGCGCCCCAAAGCCCCAGCCUCAGAAAACGGUCACUAUCUGACCGAUCUGGCUCCUCCCUGGAAAAAGACCAUCCUCAGGGCUUGUUUUUAAUUGAGCUGAUUCAGGUCUUCCUCUAGAGAAAUGCCCUAUCUCUAGACGUUCACCAAAAAAAAAAAAAAAUCAAUGGCUACUGUUUAACAUGGCAAAUGCCUGAGGCAGUAAGACCAGUGGGGGAAAACAAGAGGCUAGCUACAACACUCAAAAGGAAGUCCUGCAUAUUCCUGGGGAUCUGUAAGGCCACACACACACACACACACACACACACACACAGGUAAACCUGUCACAUACCCAGGAAAAACCUACGAAGGCCUCAGUCUGUCAGCCACAGCUGACUCUGAGUGCUGAAGGUGUGCCCCAAAACACACACAAACACACACGGUCGCUCAGCAAAGGGUGGGUUCAGUGCAUUUAAGGAAAUCUCUUUCUAGUCAUUCAGCUGACCACUACCCUAACCAAGCAGAAACUUCAAUGGCUGCACAUAACAAAGGACACAGACUACAGAAUUAGUACAAGAGUCACUAAACAAACAGCGACAACAACACACCCAGGGAGGGGAAGGGGGAGCUGAUUUUCAGAACUGCCACGUUGUAUUAUUUGAAAUGUUCAGUUUUCAACAAGAAAAAAUUUACAAGACAUUCCAAGCAAGAGUAAAUAAAGUACAGCCCAUA